AUGCUCAUUGCCAUUGGCAAUGUCUACUACAUCUGCUCGGGCGCCUGCCCAGGGCUUGCAUAUGUGGCCAGGCUGGAAAAGGCACGUGCAGCAGGCUUGUCAGCCAGUGAUUUAUUGUGCACUGAUGCUGCCAAGGCAUGGCGACUGCGUGAGCUUCCUUGUGAGUUUCGUGGGCCUUUGCCGCGCUUGCAGAGCGACGAGGCACGUGUGCCGGUGGGAGACACGAAAAACUUCCAGGACCCCUUGGAGUCCAGGGAGGCUGUGCCAGCUUUGAUCUUGGACAUGGGUGAGACCUUGGCCUGCAUGUUGAUGGGUAGUCGGCGUGCGAAGAGUGAGUUUGUGUGGCUAUGUCCCAGGAAAUUGCUCGAGUACCGGUCUUUGCCAAACUGCCGUGAGGUGAAGGUUUUUGCAUACUCGCUGCACGUGACGGAUGCUAUGGUGGAAAGAGAAACAGGUAUCAUGAAGUUGACAGCGAGUGAUCUCGCCGCCCUGCUAACGGCGUACGGGGUCUCGAUGCCGAAAAGCAGCACCAAUGCUAACAAGAUCCGUGGCCUCAUGCGGACCGACGAAGUGAGAAGCCAAACAAGCGAAGCAGAGCGCAACAGGGUGGAGGACAUCUUGAGCACACAAGAGGCAAAACGUAAGAAGAAAGCCAAACGUGAUGAUGAACCCGAGCCCGUCGAUGAUGAGGACGAACAGGCGAACUGGGACGUCCUCCGUGAGGAUCCGGCAAUGAUGGCCUGCAGUGAGCUGCUUCGCCAAGUUGAGGAAGAGGAUAAGCAGGAGCGACUAGUUGACGAGUCGGCUGCGGCUGCGAGCGUGGCAGCAGAAGCAGAUGCUGGCGCCAAUCAAAGGGCUUCUUGCAGUGCGAGCUACAAUCCAGAGGUUACGGCACCGAUACGCGAAGGCCUCACAUCCAGCAGAGACAUCUCAGCUUCUGAGCGCUCACAAGGGCAAGCAUAUUUCAUCUGUUGGAAGUUUUUGGAGGGAUGGCGCGACAGCUUGCCGAAGGCCAAGCGUCGCAGAACCGGGUGA